UGUGUUACUCCCCCCCCCACUGACAGUCUGUAGUCUCAGAACUCGAGAGAUAGAGUGGCUGCUUCGAACUAUUCUCUCACCCUCCACCCUCCUUUUUCAAGCACCAAGAAGGCCGAAAAUUGUUGUGUGGCUUCUGUGUGUAUGUGUGUGUGUCGGAAUAUCCAGGUGUUCCCAGCUCGUUUCAUGAGAUUUCAAGGAAAACCUAUUCUACUUCAGUAACCACAUCAAACGAGCAACAACAGCGACGACACAGAGGAUUAUAAAGUGUUUGGGGUCGAAUCAAGAGACUGCAUAGCUGGACAUUUGAACGAUAUUUGGUGUUGUUUCAACUCCCCACUCCUAGAGCCUGUGUGUGUGUAAGAGACUCGCCUUCAUCGAUCGGGUGUGAAUGUCAAACCCUGUGCUGCAGCGAGAAACUCGGUGCUUUUCGUUUUCACUUGGUGGCCUUUGUGCCAAUAUGUAACAAAAAAAGAAGGAAGGAUAGUGAUCUUACUGUCAUGAAGGUGUUGUGGUUGGUGCUGUUCUCCGCUUUGCACUUUGGUGCCUGUCUGGCUCUUGAUCUCCAUCUUGAAGGAGCAGAUGCCGGAUUUUUCUUCCAGCAGAGCCUGGGCUCUUCCCAGCAACCUUUGCUGAAAUUCCCUACACAUUCCUACUCAUCUAAUGCCUCUGCUGCUGACCCCCCGCCCCUGCUGAGAGAGAGGCUGGCCGUUUUGGGACCUUCUGCUCAGCCAGGCAGGAUCUUGGUCACCUAUGGCCCAUUUGAAGCGAAACAGAGCCUACCAACCAAGUACCUCACCUUGUCGUUGGAGAAUGCAACUGAAAGUGGUGCCGAACAGGCCACCUUGAUGGACAUAACAGCCCAUGUGGUCAACUCUGAAUUAAGAAGGGAGAGUCCCGUGCUGAGAGUCCUGUUCCACAGUGGCAGGCACUUUCAUUCUCCUGGGCAAACUGUGGAAGAAGAUCCAGACAGGAGUGCUGGCCCUGUAGCCCCUGAAGAAUGGGAAGACGAGCCUAAUGGCCGGCUGAUGGAAACUUGCAUCGCCUUGCGGGUCCACAAUCCCACCGGUGGUACCCCAUUGACGGGCACAUGUGUUCCACAGGGACUGGAUGGCGUCUGUCUUGCUUAUCUAACGCUUCCGUUCGACUGGUGGGCAUCUUCGCCCAUCUCACCUACUUUUCCAUCUCUCAAUGCUGGAAUUUUGGGUCUGCAACAACAUCCGAUAGUCACAGCCAAGCCAAGCAAAGCCGUCCGUAAUGUGGUCGAGUUAAGUUACGCUGUUUACGAGACCAAAGCCGGACAGUGCGGAUAUUCCGAUCCAUCAUCGUCCUACAGCGUUCGUGCCGGCCAUCAAAAAUCUCAACAGCAAUCAAGAGCUUCUUCUUCAACAGCCAGCAGUUUCCCACCACCGUCCGCUGUUUUGAUCCAGCCGUACAGACCCAUCAAUUCUAUUCGUUUGUUGCCCAACGUGUACGCCCCUCGCGAUCUACUCGUCCACGAAGAAGUCAUUUCGCUGUCUCCGACGCUGCGCUUCAUCGCGUCAGCCGCCCCCCUCUACCCACAUUCGUACUUUUACGUCACGGUCCUGCUGGACUCGACCACGGCCAAAGACGAACCAUACGCAGUCAUUGUCAGGGCCAAAGUUAAGAAUGGUCUAAAAAUCAUCUCGACGCAGACGACGAAUCCAGCUUGGUCACUCAAUUUUGAUGUCAAUGGCAAACACAUUGCAGCUGCUGUCUCGGCCGUCCGUAACUUUUCCGUCUCGACUCAACCUCAUCAGCCGAGUCAGGAACUGUUUACAUGGCUUCUGGCCGUCAACGUGGACCAUCAUCGCGAUAGCUCCGAACUGGGUGAUGGUGUUCGGGCCCUUUGGAGUUGGACCAUCCGGACGCAAUCGGCAUCGCCGCCUUUGCCCUCUUCCAUCUCCGGCCAUCACCACCACUCCAACAACAAAGAUUCGGCUGGUGCCCAGCUGGACGAAGUCAAAGGCAAACUGACUAGCCGCUUUGAAGUGUUGAAAGACGAAGUUCAGUCUGUCUUCCCCAUCAUCAAGCGUCGCGAUUUGGUCAACACGGCCAUUUUGACGUCACGCCAAGUGUCUGAACCGCUGCGGGUCUUCAUGGUGACGCAGGCCGGUAAAGUGGCCGACGUGACUUUACAGGCAACGUGCUCUUCUGUCGACGAAAGUGUCCUCAAGGUGUCGUCGUCGUGCACGUCCGUCUACCUGGACGGAUCGGAGGUUCGUGGUUCGACCAAUGCCACUCUAGUGGCCCGUUAUGGAAAUGUUGAAAGCACCAGCUCGUUGACCGUGUGGGUCCCAGAAAUGCCAUUAGACAUCCAACUGGACGAUGUCAAACUGAAUCAAAUUAGCGGAUGGAAAGUAAUGGCCAGCAAUAGUGGAGCUACUGGUAGCAAUCAAUGCCGAUUACGAUAUCAGCAAUCGUCUUUCGAGGUUUUCGCCCGUUUCUACGCCGAGGAUCACGAUUCGGGCCGCGUUAGUUACCUGAUAUCGCGCAAAACUUACUUACUCAUCACGGACUUGGUUCGCAAAGUGAUGCGCGUGGCCGAUCCUCGCGUGGCCGUGUUGAAGAUGAUGACCGGCUACAUCGAAGGUCUGAAGCCGGGCAAAACGGAAGUGCAAGUCUUGUCGCCCAUGUCGGGCCACGUCAUUGCCGCCCGUGAAGUUCGUGUUCUAUCGGACAAGGUGGACGUGUCUAGCCUGUCCGUCCGACUCAUCGCCGGCCUGUCUCUGAGUCUCACGCCCGAUCCCGACCUCGAUUCAUGUUUCGUCGCCCAAGUAGACGCCAACGAUCGGCUCCAUUCGCGGUAUCAAGAAGCCAUUUUGGACAUGACGGUGCAUUUUAGCGACGGCACAGCCUCGCCCCUUCGCUUAACCGACCGCUCCCAUUACAACUUGGUGGUCGAAUCUCACAACACGACCAUCUUGGCGCUGACGUCACCUGCCCGCGCCAACAUUCCCAGGGUGCUGGCUCUCGGCGAGGGACGCGCCAGUCUGUCGGUGACUUUCUCGUCGGCCUGCACGGCGACGACCACCAACGGCCAACAGGAGGGCGAUGGUAGUCAUCAUCGUCAAGCACCCGCCCAUCCAUUAGCCACGACCGUGGCUGUCAUUCAACUAGCGCUCAACGGCCAUCCAGCCACCAGCGUGCAGAAUGACGCACGCACCGAGUCAAGCGGUCAGAUGUACACGUUGGCUCACGGCGGCCAUGUUGGCAACGCCAACCAAAUCAAUGGCGACUCGAGGCGCAAUGGUGGCGGAGGCAAAAUGGCGGCAGCAUCGGCCGGAAACGCUGGCCGCUUAGGCCAACCCAAUCAAGGCCAGCUGACCUUCUCCAAGCCGGGAUCUAUCGAAUUUGGAGUGAAUGAGAAUCAAUUGUCUUUGAAAGACGACAGUAACGCCGUGAUGAUGUCGAACGCGGGACGUGACUUGCAGCACGCCCAUCCAGCCUAUCCAGCCUCGUCGCAUUAUCCGGGAGGUGGCAGCGGUUUUUCGUCAUCCAGUUUCCAGCAUAUGGGCCCAUUGGAAAUUGGCAUGUACGUCCUAUUGGCCAUCUUUUGCGCCGCCAUUGUCGUCUUCGUCGGUACGUGUAUCGUUUACGCUUCGAGGGCUCGCAAAGGGCUGAUCCCGACGGAGGACAGCGACCGUCACAUCGAUCGGCAAGCCCAAACGAUCGAUCCGUGGCCGUCCCUGUGGAAUCGUCUCAAGAAAAUGAAUCCGAAAGGGGCCAUCGGAGGAGGAGACGGCCACGACCGCCAAAGAGCCACGGCUGCGGAUGAAAAUGAAGACGAAGAAGAAGGAGCAGACAAGGGGUGGAUUUGGUUAGGCCGCUCGACGCUGGAUCCUGAAGUCCCUAGGCGACCUGUGUCGUCUGCAGCCACGAGGCCCGUCUCUUUGUCUGCCAAUCCGGAUCCCAGUCAUCGAUUGAGCGGCAUUUCGUACGCCGGUUCGGAGGUGAGCGUCCGAAUUGUCGGUCGACCCACUGGCCCGGACGGAAGCCGCCUCUCUUACAAAGCCCAGCUUUGUUUUGAGCCGUUGAAAGACACUGCAGAUGAUGGCGAUAUCGAUCACAUCGGCGAUGCCAAUCAUCCGAAUAGCUGGCCCGGAUCGGUCGAUUCCAAGACUUUCACCAAGAACAAUGCGGGUGCAAGUCACCAUCAUCCCGGAGCGUUGCGGAUCACCACCAAUCAGUUGGCCGCAGCUGCCGCCGAGGAGCCGCUGUUGUCUGACGUUGUCCGUCGACCGAGCAAUAACCGACGAGCGGCCAGACGUGCCAGCGAGCAAGACACUCGACGCUACGCCCGUUCGUGGCUGAUGGCAGGAGAGGCCAUUCCACGCGAUUUCAAUUCGAAUCCGUCCAUCAUCACGGACUCUGAUGCGGAAGAAGAGCUCGAGCAUCAAGUACCCAAUUCGAAGAAUUUCAAGUUGGAACUGGACGUAGAUGAUACUGACAACGAGUACAACGUAGCGACGUUCUUGCGUCACGGCAGCCCUGAUAUCAAACAGGCCAACAUCAUCGAAAAUCCUCGUUUCUCACCCACCACGACGUCGACCACCAUCGACCCUGAAAACAAUACAGAACUGUGCGAGCGCGCUGUCGGCGGCCAAUCGGAGUCUGCCCAUCCGGCGGCUACGUCUCCAUUGGACGUUGACUACGACCGCAUCAUCUCUUAUUUAGGAAUUCUCAAAGAAACGAGCACUUGAAUUUAAAAAUCUAAUUUUGAAAAAGAAACAAAAAUCUCUUCUCCCUAUAACCCCCCCGAGUUCAACAAACUAAUAAUGUUCGUUUGCACGUGUUGUGUCUACGACACGCGCGUGAGUAGAAAAAUCAUGAGUACGCUUAACGACUAAGCAUCCGAUCGUUUUCUUCCCCCCCCCCUGAUUCCGUAAAGAGAGAGAGAGAAAUCAUUUAAACAAAAACAAACGAAUAAAAAAAAAAAAGGGCAAAAAAAGAAUUUAAAAAUUUCUAGUCACAUGUAAAACUCUUUUUUAAAAAAUUACGCGCCAUUUUUAUCUACCCUCACGCCUGUCCACCUUACUCGUAACCUCCGCAAGCAGCUAGCCUGAAGUUAUUAUUCUAACUAUUUUUUUUUUGUUAUUUUUUUUUAUUGUGUUUUUUUUUUUUUUAACGAUGAAAAUUCCUACACACACAAUGCACGCUGGUCCAUCCCUUUUAUACAUAAAUAUUCCCCUCGUCCCCCUUUUUGAUUUCUUUAUAACUAGAGAAGCAGGAGAUUCACAAAAAGACAAAUUAACCUUUGUAAUACUUGUACGUGUGUGUGCUACAAUAAUCCUCCAUGAUGCUUUUUACCACCACCUUUCUCACUUCCCCUCGAAAUUGUUGUUGAUUAUUAUGUUUUUAAUUAACUACUAUUGAGACAUUCGAAUCGAUAUCAAAGAAGAAUGUUGCAAAAGAAAUUAAGUACCGCUUAUUAUUUUGAAAAUUUUCCGUUUUUUUUUUGGGCUUAUCUCCUUCUCAUUGAGCCAUUUUAAAUAUCGCCGUGUGUUCGUGUGUGUAUGUAUAACAACGUGUUUAGCACCGUUCUCUCCCAUAGCAUCUCAAAAACAACUUAACUAAUUUUGAAAACAUAACGCGUAUUUGAUUGUUUGUUUGUGUGUGUGUGUAUUAUUAUUUAAAAAAUCAGAAUUCCUCGAUCGAACAAGUUGUGUUAGUGAACACACGUCCUCGUAAAAACCCGCCCGAUUUCUCGUAUCACGUUCAUCCCAACAACAACAACAAAAAGAAAUUAUGUAUUCAUUCGCUGUUGCUUUCGUAUAUAUUUAUCACUAUUAAAAAAACAAAAAACAAAAAUAAUAAUUACUGACGGAUUGGGGAAGGAAAAAAAUUACGCGAAAAAAAAAAGAAUAACUUAAAGACAAAUUUAUUUUGUUCACUUGGUUUUCUUGAAUUUUUUUUAUAUUUUUGUCCUGCCGUCAACCUGUGCACAUUAUUGACUUUCCUCUUUUUUUCCACUAUCUCCCGCUCCAUUCGGUCGAAACACUCAAUACACGCAUAUUUGCCAAUCGA